AAUUAAAACUGUUGGAUUUUUAAAUUUAAAUCUGUAAACUGUAAUCUGUUUGGUUUAUCAUGCUGAUAUCAUUCUGAAAACUUCAAUAAUAAAAUAAUUAACCAUACUGCUGCUGUCACUUUAUACACAUUUUUAUAUAUUGACAUCAGAGGGCAUUAAAACAUGAACAUCAAAAAAGUGUCCCUUUAAAUGGAGUCAAACUUUCAGAUGCCAUGAUUAAUGCUGAAACAUGGCCGCUAUGUUAAAUUAGAUUAAAUUGUAAACUUGUGCUGAAUCAUGACUUCUGAACGCCAGACACUGCCUGAGGAGCUUUAAACAUUAAAUAGAUAAUCUAUUGGAUAAAUCUUAACGUGAUUAUGAAGAUAAAGAAUAAUGUUGCCAAAAUACAAACAUUGUCUUGGCAACUCUGCAGAUGUAUAUUGUUAUCAACACCAUCAUCAAUAAUAACGAUAACAGUCACACCACGUGAACUAUGCCACGUUUCAUAACUCGGACGACAAAAUGUCAAACUCUAGAUAUACUACUAAUGAACAUUUUAGUAUGCUUCGAUCAGCUUAUUCAUUAGUAAGCUAUUAAUUGAUUAAAAUUACCUAAGUAAAUACACUUAUACGUAAUGGCAAAUCAGUGCAAUAUUUUGGUUACUGGUGGUGCUGGUUAUAUUGGUUCACACACAGUACUGGAGCUUCUUAACAAUAAUUUCACAGUUGUAGUGAUUGAUAAUCUUGGUAAUGCUUAUAAAGAUGAAAAAGCGGAGAAACCAGAAUGUAUAAUUAGAGUGGAAAAACUAGCAAAUAAAUCUGUGAUUUUUGAGGAGUGUGAUAUUACUGAUGAAAAUUCAAUUGAAAAAAUAUUUGAAAAGUACAAAUUCGAAUGUAUUAUACAUUUUGCUGCAUUAAAAGCAGUUGGAGAAUCAUGCCAAAAACCAUUAGAAUAUUAUAAAACUAAUGUUGGAGGAACAAUAAAUUUAUUAAAUGUAAUGAAAAAGAAUAAUGUAAAAAAAUUGAUUUAUUCAAGUAGUGCAACUGUUUAUGGUGUUCCUGAAAAACUACCUCUAACAGAAGAUAUGAAAACUGGAAAUUGUACAAAUCCUUAUGGUAGAACUAAAUACAUCGUUGAAGAAAUUUUAAAAGAUUUGUGUGCUUCUGAUCCGGAUUGGUCAGUAAUAUCAUUAAGAUAUUUUAAUCCAGUGGGUGCUCACCCAUCAGGUGAAAUUGGAGAAGAUCCGAAUGGAAUUCCAAACAAUUUAAUGCCUUUCAUAGCUCAAGUAGCUGUUGGAAAACGAGAAAUGCUGCAUGUAUAUGGCAAUGAUUAUGAUACUCCAGAUGGAACAGGUGUAAGAGAUUAUAUUCAUAUAAUGGAUUUAGCUAGUGGUCAUGUUAAGGCAAUCAUUUACCAAAAAACGAAGAAUAUAAAAGGCUUCAAGGCUGUAAAUUUAGGUACGGGUAAAGGCUUUUCAGUAUUACAAAUGAUCAAAGCUUUUGAACUGGCAUCAUCAAAAACAAUUCCAUAUAAAAUUGUUGAACGAAGACCUGGUGACAUAUCAUCAAGCUAUGCAGAUGCUUCACUUGCUAAUAAAGAAUUAAAUUGGGUUUCAACAAAAAAUAUCGACGAUAUGUGCAAAGAUACAUGGAAUUGGCAAAAAAAGUAUCCUCAAGGAUUCAAAUCUGGAUCAAUACAAUAAUGAUAGUUGUAAUUGAUGAUGGUUAACUUGUAUAUUCAUGUAAAAAAAAAUUGUAUUGAUCAAUUAAUAUAUAAAUAUAUAUAAUAUAUGU